CUUGCGUGUCACUGUCUCAACUCAGGGUAAAACAAUACCGUACGUUUAAGGUAAGGUCUAAGUUUAGAGAAGAAUGUCAAAAGGUCAUUGCAUUCUUUUUAGCCUGGGAGGAGAAUAAAAGCACCUCAUCUUUAGUGAUGUUAUAGAGAAGACAGCAAAGGACUUGUUUCCAACAGAGCACGAUGGAAGAGGCACCCGCAAAUAUUAACGAAUGCGUAGGCCCACAUGCUGCAAGUGAGGAGAGACUAUUAAACCCGCCCACUCCUGGCGGAGAAACUAGCCAUGUAUUAGAUGGUAUCGACGAAAUCAUACAAAGCAACGAUUUCGAAGAUAUACUAGGCCAACUCGAUGCCGAAGGAUUGGAACAAUUUCUUGAUCCGGAAAUAACUUUUGCACCAAAAAGAGGAAAGCCGGAAACAUUCGUAAACUUUCAUCAUACACCGAGCAAUGCUCUGGAAUACCAAUGGAUGUUGAGUGAUGGUCGCUUAGGAGGCUAUGUUUUUGACAAAGAAGAAUGCAGUGUGAAGCUAUAUGUUUUGGCUUCACCGUAUUUGGUGUUUUUAGACUGGAUGAUGCUACACAUCUCAUUUUGUGCUGCCGAUUGGAUAAUGUUUAGGGAUAUUUUGAGUGAUCUUGAUCUUGAACUACCUGUUUCGGAUAGCACCUUCACAGCAUCAUGGAAUAGUUCGGUCUAUACCAAAUGUUACCAUAUUCGUGCUAAUUGUCUUGAAAUACAGGGGUUCAUUCUGUGUAGUGAGGACUACAGAAUAGAAACAUAUGUUGAAGCAAUGUUUGCUGCAGAAAAUGAUGUAGAGAAAUUCACACAAGGUCCUAAAGUGAGGUAUCUAUGGAAAGACAUGCUUGUUUUAAGUAAUGUUUUCAAAAAGGUUGAUAGAUUGUUCAAAUGGAGUGUUGGCUUGGAUAGAUACCAAAGGAUCAAGAGGCGUCUUUUCCCGAUGCGUCACCUUGAUCUAGCCAACGAUAGUGAAGUUAAUGCCCUUAAAAACAAAUGAUGCUUGCUAGCUCAUUGUCUAAAGACUGCUCUAUUGUAUGUACAGUAGGGGCCUCCAUUAACAAACCAUAUCAUGUAACAGUAUGUGAAAUUUGAAAAAACAUGUCAUAGACAACAUAUAACAGCUGUAUGUACAUACUGUAGAUGUUUUUAUCAUUCAUUUGUAUGGCAAUGAAAAUGUGUUUUUUCUAUUUAGCUUUUACACUAUUUAGAUACUUUACCAUUGUAAAUGUGUUUGUGUGGGUGACAAUACAUUUUUUCAAAAUCAUUAUUUGGUGAAAAGGUUAUAAUGGCGGACCCUCUAAAUGUGGUUUACAAUACACACCAUCCAGUGAGGGGUCUUUCGGCGAUAAAACAAGAUU